AUGGCCUUUCCAACGGAUUUUGGCGUUUUGCUGGUUGAGGGAGCUGAGACGGAAGGGGAGCACGGGGAGAGGGGGACAGAGGGUAAUGAGUGGGAGGAUCUGAAGCGUCGGAUUGAGGCCGUCCCGUUUGUGAAGGAUGUGCACCGUCAGAUGAAGUACACUCGUUCACUGAUGUACAGUGAAGGGAAGAGGGAAGGGGGGGAGAGAAAAGGGCCGGUGAGGAAACCUCCUGGAAGGCUGCGGACGAGAAUGUCAUUUGAGGAAGGGGAGAUUCCCGAGGGAAGAGUUGGAGGGUCUAGGGGUUUGACUGGGAGGGUUCAGGGUUUUGGGGUUGGGGGCGAGGGGAAGAGAGGCAGGCGAAAGGAGGACGCGGAGGAGGAGGAAGAGGAUAGGAUGCGUGUGGGCGCGAGGGAGUUGAGAUGGGUGGAGAGCGGGAUGGAAGCAAGGAGUAUGGAGGAAAGGAGGAGGUGGAAUAAGCAAAAGAGGCGAAAGCUGCAGGGGAGGCAUUUGGAAGAGUCGUUUGAGGAAAGGCAUGUGACUCUUCAAAGUGAACUGGCCGCUGCUGCUGGGUCGUUUCUCAGUAGGGCCUGGAAUGUGUCUGCUACUGCUGUCAACCGCCGACACCUGAUGCAGGCGCACAAGUCUCAGAUCACGUCUCUGUUCCACGCGGAACGGCUGUGGGCCAAGGGCUUCACUGGGUCAAACGUUAAAAUGGCCGUUUUUGACACGGGCAUUCGAGCAGAUCACCCCCACUUCCGCAAUAUCAAGGAGCGCACCAACUGGACCAAUGAGGACACGCUAAACGACAGCCUGGGCCACGGCACGUUCGUGGCAGGAGUGAUCGCCAGCCAUGACACUCAUUGCCGCGGGUUCGCCCCCGAUGCUGAGAUCUACGCCUUCCGAGUCUUCACCAACGCACAGGUCUCCUACACAUCGUGGUUCCUAGACGCGUUUAACUACGCCAUUCUCACGCGCAUGAACGUGCUCAACCUCAGCAUCGGGGGGCCUGACUACCUCGACCGGCCGUUUGUGGAGAAGGUGUGGGAGGUGACAGGUAACGGCAUUCUGAUGGUAUCAGCAAUUGGCAAUGACGGGCCGCUGUACGGCACACUCAACAACCCCGCGGACCAGAACGAUGUGAUCGGGGUGGGGGGUAUUGACUACACGCUGCAUAUCGCGUCGUUCUCCUCCCGUGGCAUGACCACAUGGGAGCUGCCUCACGGAUACGGACGAAUGAAGCCGGACAUAGUCGCCUACGGGCGGGAGGUGGUCGGCUCGAAGAUCAACGGUGGGUGCAAGAGCCUAUCAGGGACGUCCGUCGCAAGCCCUGUGGUGGCCGGCGCGGUUUGUCUUCUAGCGAGCGUUGUGCCGGAAGCCGUGCGGUGGGGGCCUGGAGGGGUGCUGAACCCUGCGAGUAUGAAGCAGGCGUUGGUCGAAGGAGCUGACAGGCUGAACGGGCCACAUAUGUUCGAGCAGGGUUCCGGGCAACUCAACCUCCUGCGAUCUCACGCCAUCCUAGCGAGCUACACGCCACGAGCCUCCGUCCAUCCAUCCUCCCUCGACCUGACAGACUGCCCCUACGCGUGGCCGUGGUGCCGCCAGCCGCUCUUCGCCUCCGCGCUCCCCCUCAUCAUCAACGUCACUCUUCUCAACGGCAUGGGCGUCACGGGCUGGCUCGCUGCCCCGCCUGUGUGGGUGCCCACAGAGGUCAACCUCACCAGCACAGCCACGGAUGGCACAGCUACAGAUGGUAGCACAGCCACAGAUGGCGGUUCUCUGAACACCUCUGCCACCUCGAAUUCUUCCUCCACCUCUCCACCGUUCCACCGGGUGCUCCAUGUGCGCUUCUCCUACCCGGCGGUGCUCUGGCCGUGGUCCGGCAAUCUGGGGAUCUACCUGAGGGUGCACCCCGCUGCAAGGCACCUCAACGGUGAGCAAGAGAAUGGGGUGGGAAUGGGGACAUUCUGUUUGGAAGAGAGGGAGAAUGGGAUGAAGGGGGGGCAAUACGGUUGGGAAAAAGCACCGUAUCAGGCACCAUUCACUUCACGGUCGUAUCUCCCCCCAACCCCAACAAAGCCACCCCUUGCACCACCAACUGCUCCCUCGCUGCCCCUCCGCAUUGCCAUCAUGCCCUCUUGCUGCCACCACCCUCCUCCCUUAUUUCCCUUAUUCCCUACUUUUUUUGCACCCACGAUUUCCCUCCCCUCCUCCCCCCCAACCCCCGACACAGGCACCAUAGCAGGCGCCAUUCACUUCACGGUCGUCUCUCCUCCCGGUCCCAACGAAUCCACCCCGCGCACCACCAACUGCUCGCUGCCCCUCCGCGUUGCCAUCAUGCCCACGCCGCCCCGCCACCGCCGUGUGCUGUGGGACCAGUUCCACAACGUGCGUGUCACGCUGACACCACCAUGCCGCCACCGCCGUGUGCUGUGGGAUCAGUUCCACAACGUGCGGUACCCUCCGGGUACAUCCCCAGUUUCACAACGUGCGCUACCCCCCGGGGUACAUUCCGAGUUUCACAACGUGCGCUACCCCCCAGCGUACAUCCCCAGGGACUCUCUGGAUGUGCGGAAUGACAUUCUGGACUGGCACGGCGACCACCCCCACACCAACUUCCACGGGCUGUUUGCUGCUCUGAGGGAGUGGGGCUUCACGCUCGAGGUGCUGGGCUCUUUGCUUCUCUCACCUCGUUCCUGUGGUUGGGAUUGCCCUUUCUCUCCGAUCCCCUUGCUGGCCUCUGCUUCUUCUCCCCCCAGGGACUCGCUGGAUGUGCGGAAUGACAUUCUGGACUGGCACGGCGACCACCCCCACACCAACUUCCACCAUCUUCCUUUUCCCUCUCCUCCCUUCUCCGCCUCUCCCCCACCCCGUCUCCGCCCCUGGGCUGCUCGGACUGGGGGCUCAAGCUUGAGGGAGUGGGGGUUCACGCUGGAGGUGCUGGGGUCGCCCCUCACGUGCUUUGAUGCGAGGGAGUAUGGCGCGCUGCUGAUGGUGGAUAUGGAGGAGGAGUACCACGGCGAGGAGGUGCUGGGGUCGCCCCUCACGUGCUUUGACGCGAGGGAGUAUGGCGCGGUGCUGAUGGUGGAUAUGGAGGAGGAGUACCACGGCGAGGAGGUGCUGGGGUCGCCCCUCACGUGCUUUGACGCGAGGGAGUAUGGCGCGGUGCUGAUGGUGGAUAUGGAGGAGGAGUACCACGGCGAGGAGGUGCUGGGGUCGCCCCUCACGUGCUUUGACGCGAGGGAGUAUGGCGCGGUGCUGAUGGUGGAUAUGGAGGAGGAGUACCACGGCGAGGAGGUGCUGGGGUCGCCCCUCACGUGCUUUGACGCGAGGGAGUAUGGCGCGGUGCUGAUGGUGGAUAUGGAGGAGGAGUACCACGGCGAGGAGGUGCUGGGGUCGCCCCUCACGUGCUUUGACGCGAGGGAGUAUGGCGCGGUGCUGAUGGUGGAUAUGGAGGAGGAGUACCACGGCGAGGAGGUGCUGGGGUCGCCCCUCACGUGCUUUGACGCGAGGGAGUAUGGCGCGGUGCUGAUGGUGGAUAUGGAGGAGGAGUACCACGGCGAGGAGGUGCUGGGGUCGCCCCUCACGUGCUUUGACGCGAGGGAGUAUGGCGCGGUGCUGAUGGUGGAUAUGGAGGAGGAGUACCACGGCGAGGAGGUGCUGGGGUCGCCCCUCACGUGCUUUGACGCGAGGGAGUAUGGCGCGGUGCUGAUGGUGGAUAUGGAGGAGGAGUACCACGGCGAGGAGGUGCUGGGGUCGCCCCUCACGUGCUUUGACGCGAGGGAGUAUGGCGCGGUGCUGAUGGUGGAUAUGGAGGAGGAGUACCACGGCGAGGAGGUGCUGGGGUCGCCCCUCACGUGCUUUGACGCGAGGGAGUAUGGCGCGGUGCUGAUGGUGGAUAUGGAGGAGGAGUACCACGGCGAGGAGGUGCUGGGGUCGCCCCUCACGUGCUUUGACGCGAGGGAGUAUGGCGCGGUGCUGAUGGUGGAUAUGGAGGAGGAGUACCACGGCGAGGAGGUGCUGGGGUCGCCCCUCACGUGCUUUGACGCGAGGGAGUAUGGCGCGGUGCUGAUGGUGGAUAUGGAGGAGGAGUACCACGGCGAGGAGGUGCUGGGGUCGCCCCUCACGUGCUUUGACGCGAGGGAGUAUGGCGCGGUGCUGAUGGUGGAUAUGGAGGAGGAGUACCAUGCAGAGGAGGUGAGAUGUGGGACUGGAGUAUGGCGCACUGCUGAUGGUGGACAUGGAGGAGUACCAUGGCGAGGAGGUGAGAGGAUGGAAAGGCAUGUAAGAAUCAGGUGCUUUUAUGCAAACGACUACCUGGAGGUGCUGGGGUCGCCGGUCACGUGCUUCGAUGCGCGGGAGUAUGGCGCUCUGCUGAUGGUUGAUAUGGAGGAGGAGUACCACGCAGGGGAGGUGAGCGUAGGGAGGAGGCAGGGUGGGUUUGGUAGUGGGCCUGGGCGCUGGGAGUAUGGCGCGGUGCUGAUGGUGGACAUGGAGGAGGAGUACCACGCAGAGGAGAUAGCCAAGCUGCACCACGAUGUUACAGUGCUGGGGCUGGGCCUGAUAGUGGUGGGCGACUGGUACCACGUGCCCACCAUGAAGCACAUGCGCUUCUUUGAUGAUAACACUCGCUCCUGGUGGACGCCUGCCACUGGUGGAGCCAACGUCCCUGCCCUCAACGACCUCCUCUCCCCUUUCGGGAUCGUGUUUGGCGAUGCCAUUCUCUCCGGCACCUUUUCAAUCGCCGGCCAUAGAGCUUACUUUGCCUCGGGCACCGAUAUUCGCAGGUUCCCCAAAGGGGGGUACGUGCACCGGUUUCUCUUCAGGGAUGGUUCGUCAGGUGGGGGUAGUGGUGGGGGAGAGGGCGGGGAAGAGGGUGGAGGAGGAGGGGGAGAGAGGGGAGGAGGGGAAGAGGGGGGAGUGGCAGGAGGGGGGAGUGGCGGGUCGAUUGUUUCGACUAGAGGAGGGAGGAUGAAGAGUCAAGUAGAGGCUUCGGUGCUGGGUUUAGUGGAGAGGGGGCAGGGAAGAGUGGGGGUUUUUGGCGAUUCUAACUGCUUGGACAGCAGUCAUUUGCAUGGUGCUGUUGCUGCUGAUUUGGGGGAUGUGGUUAAUGUGAGGGAGGAUGAGGAUAAGGGAGAGGAGAGGGAUCGUGAUCGUUCUUUUGAGAUUGUAACACAGCAGGGAGAGAAUGUGAAGGAGGGGGGAGAGGGAUCGGGGGAAGGGACUACAGAGGCAGUAGAACUUGGAGUGUGGAAGGAAGAGAAGCAGCAGGAGCAGCAGGAGCAGCAGGAACUUGGAAUGGGGAGCGAGAUACGAGGAUCUGAUGGUGUGAAGGGAUUGAAUGCGGUGAAAAGGGGUGAUGACAGCGCGAGGGAAUCUAAUGAUACUGCUGCUAACGGUGCUGCAGAUUCUGGUGCUGUUGCUGUUUCUUCUGGUGCUGGUAGUGCUGCUGGUACUGCUGCUGCUGCUGCUGCUGCUUCUGGUGCUGGUGCUGCUGAUACUGCUGCUGAUGCUGCUGCUGCUGCUGCUGUGAGAGUGGACGAUGGCAUAACGGAGAGAGUGGGGGGUAGUGGCAGCAGCGAUGGUGCUGCUGCUGCUGAUGUGAGUGCAGAUGACCUGUUGCUAGCAGGCGGUGAGGGAGGGGGAGGGGGAGGGGGAGGACAGUCGGCUGGGCGGAGCAUCUGGAGGCACUGGCACGAGCGGGAGGAGGAGGUGAGAUAUGGGGGGGGGGGGUCAGGUAUGGGGAGUUGUGGGGUUAAUAGGGGGAGGGAGAGGGCUUUUGAGUCGACACAAAAUGACUUUCGAAUCGACUCAAAAGUCAGGUAUGGGGAGAUGUGGGGAAAACAGGGGGAGGGAGAGGGGGAGGGCAGGGUGCUGGGAAGAGCAUCUGGAGGCACUGGCAUGAGCGGGAGGAGGAGGUGA